AUGACAGAAAGAGCCUCGAGUGAAUUGACUGAACAAGAGAAACGGCUCAGAGAAAAAUUUGAAUCGUUCAAGACUCUAACACUGCAGGUUCAAGAAGACAUGGUGACGGAAGAAGCAACAGAUCAAGAAUUGCAAGCUGAAAUCGAUUACGUCGCAGCCACAGAAGAGGAACAGAAUGCAGCCGCUCUUCAGUUACAACAACAACAACAUGCAGCUUCUAUGCAGCAAUUGAUCGCCGCCAUUCCAGCAGCCAAUCCAGCACCAGGAGCGCCAAACGCUCCAGCAACAACAGCCACCACGAGAUUACCACAAAGACAAAUUAAGCACUUCAAAGGAGACGUCCUUGAGUGGACCCAAUUUUGGGAAUCAUUCAACGCAGCAAUUCACGGUUCAGCACUAACAGCAGUGCAAAAAUUUGACUAUUUGAAGGAGUAUCUCAAAGGGGAGGCCCAUUUAAUUGUAGAAAAUCUGGAGCUGACGGAUGCAAAUUACACGAUCGCCAUUACCGAACUGAAGAGAAACUACGGUCAGCCAAAAGUACUUAUUGAUGCCCACUUCAACAAGCUGGACUCCUUACAACCAGUGAAGGAUGGAACGGACGUCGCAGCGUUAAGAACUUUUUAUUUACAAAUUCAAUCAAACAUUAAUGCUUUGGAAACUUUAGGAGUAGCAAAAACCACAUUCGGAGGUCUCCUUGGAUCAAGGUUGAUAAAACUGAUCCCCCACAACCUUCAAGCGGAAUGGGUGAAGUCAGCAACCAACGACGCAACCGACAUCGAGAGCGUGAUAACGUUCAUCCGAGAGCAAGUGGAGGCAGCCGAAAGACUCAGCAGGAUGAAACCAGAAAAACCAAAGUCAUCCACAGUUCCACAGCAGCCCAAACCUGUCACAUCACAUCCAGCUACAGCAUCGCAACUGGCGGCAGGAGCUAGAACAGGUCAAGCUCCACAGAACAGCAAAUCUUUUAAACAGAAGACUUGGAGCAACACAGCAGCGCCUAAAGACGGACCGAAACGGUAUCCGGAUUGCAGCAGGCCGUGUAUCUUCUGUGGGGAAAUUCACUACCCCUCCCAUUGUACGGUGGGUUUAAAAGAGAAAAAAGCCAUCAUCGCAGCCAUGAAGAGAUGCGUCAAGUGCUUCAGUGACACGCACGAAACAAUCAACUGCACGUCACCCAACGAGUGCAGAAGAUGCAGGGCAGUGUUAUAA